GGGUUGUAGGGUAAUGGCUAGAAAGGCUCCAGCUUUUGUCAGAAUUUACUCUUCGAAAGCAGGUUUAGGAGAAUAAACGCGACAGGCUAUGGGAAUUAGGUUAAGGUUAGGAAAAUAGUUAGGGUUAGCUGAAAUGCAAAAAACUAUCUGCCUUUGACCUAAAUUGGACAAAAACUGGAUCCCAUCUAGACAAGACCGAAAAUAAAAUAUUCGGCAAGUCAUUUUAUCUCAUCUGGAAGAUGACCAUGUCGCGGUUGGAUACUGUAGCCAGCUGGAGUGAUCCUACAGUAACUGUGUCCUGCGACAACCAGCAAGGAGACCAGUCGGCCUUGAAGGAGAGAAUAUGUGACUUUUUAGAGGUGAAGAAACAAGGAUCCACUGCCCUCCAGAUAGCUAAGGCUGUUGGACUAAUGAAGGCCAAGGAUGUAAACAGUGUCCUGUACGCUUUAAACAGAGCUGGACUUCUUGAUGUAACACCAGACAAACCACCAGUCUGGUCUGUGAGUGUUCCAGAGUCAGAUCGUGUGCCUAGUCCUUCUGAGACCCCUGGCAUCACAGUGGAGGAACUGAGGAGGGUGCUGAUGUCAAAGAGUGAUGGAAGAGGGAUGAGUGCGCCACAAAUUGCCAGAGAAUUGGGCCAAUUACAAAAAUUAGUAACUAUGUCCUGCGACAACCGGCAAGGAGACCAGUUGGACUUGAAGGAGAGAAUAUGUGACUUUUUAGAGGUGAAGAAACAAGGAUCCACUGCCCUCCAGAUAGCUAAGGCUGUUGGACUGAAGAAGGCCAAGGAUGUAAACAGUGUCCUGUACACUUUAAACAGAGCUGGACUUCUUUAUGCAACCACAGACAAACCACCAGUCUGGUCUGUGGAGAAACCAGGGGCGGCGUCAGUCUCUGUGAUUGUUCCAGAGUCAGAUCGAGUGCCUAGUCCUUCUGAGACCCCUGGCAACACAUUGGAGGAACUGAGGAGGGUGCUGAUGUCAAAGAGUGAUGGAAGAGGAAUGAGUGCGCAAGAAAUUGCCAGAGAAUUGGGCCAAACACGAAAAUUUGUGAAUAAGCAUCUUUAUGACCUGCAAAGUAGCGGCAAGGCAGAGAAGUUGGGAGAGAAAGUGUGGAAAAUGAAGGAUGAAGCAAGCUGUGGAGUAGAGCUUAUUAAAUACCAGAGUUAUGAUCAAGAUAUUUCCAUCACACCAAGUAGACCGCUCUUUAUUACAUCAAACUGUUCCUAGAUGACCCAGAGGACUACCUGACCCAGAGGACUACCUGACCCAGAGGACUACCUGACCCAGAGGACUACGAUCCCAUUCUCCCCUGAAGAAAUUGAGAAAAAUGCAUAUUACCUCACAAGCUACUCUCACUAUUAAAACAUUUACCAUAGUCUACCCUCACUAUUAAAACACUCACCAUAGUCUACCCUCACUAUUAAAACACUCACCCAGCAACAUCUGUCAUAUUCUAGAAUGAUAUUCAAUAGGCUACUACAUCUGUCAUAUUCUAGAAUGAUAUUCAAUAGGCUACUACAUCUGUCAUAUUCUAGAAUGAUAUUCAAUAGGCUACUACAUCUGUCAUAUUCUAGAAUGAUAUUCA